AUGGCUUCCCACGAGCAAUGUUUAGAUGAAUACGAUAAUGAAUACCAGCAACGGAUAGAAACCAGUAUUCAAGACGGUGUUUUCAACUGUUAUUUGGAAAGUGACAUUGAUGAGAGUCGUACGGCUAUAGCUUUUGGCGGAUGCGGAGUAAUAUUCAAGGGAAUAAUAAGGACCACUGAAGAGCCUAUUGCUAUAAAAAAGCUGUAUAGCUUUCCGUAUAACUGUAAGAAAACACUAGACAAAAUGCUUGCCAAAGAGAAGGAACUUCAGAAUCCACUGGGCGAUACACCGGUUUAUCAAUUGGACUUUUUCCAUGAGCUGUUUAAAGACACGCAAAUGAUGGUUUUUGUGAAUACUCUUCAGCUCGGUUACUAUCAGUGGUAUUUGGAUCGUAUUGGCAAUACAGAACUAUCCGCAUUCGAAAAUAUUCUUAUAUCGAGUUACCCUUCACUGUAUCGUCGGCUGGAUCAGAUUACGAAUACAGGAUUAGUAACGCUGAUAGAAUUUUUAAAGUCGAAACCGUGUCUGUAUGAUGCACUUAUUCAAAUAAUAAGUGCAAAAGAAGCAGAAUUGGCAAAAACGCUGGAAUUACACUCGUCUUUUAGCUCUUUAUGCAGUGCAGGAAUGACGGUUGUUAAUGUUAUAGCGAAGGCUCGCGCAUUGGUUAUUUGA